AUGGAGUAUGACCUCUACACUGCAAUGGGCGAGACGCUGGACUUCAUGAAGGUCGAGUUCGAUUCCAAUCGGCAAAAGAAGAUGCUGCUGCGGAACCCGGUUCUGUACCUUGUGAAAAAGAUGCAGAAUUCCGAAGUGAGCAUGACGAGGCUCACGGCUGCUGAACGUGAAUUGUUCGUUCGUGCCAAGGCCAAGGAGGUAGAAUCCUUCAUCCGCAACGCCGCAGUGAGGCGAUGCAGCGAUAGCGAGGAAAUCCGUAAGGUCUACGACAGUCAAAGGAUUGUGAAGGCAAGAUGGGUCUUGACGUGGAAGUUGGUUCCUCCUGAAGAACAAAGUGAUGCAAUCAAAGAUGCCCGAGAGAAUCUGCGAACGUUGCACAACACAUCUGGAACCAAGAAAGCAAAGGCACGCAUCGUUCUUUUGGGCUUUCAGCAUCCGAACCUCCUGGACCCGAGCUUCAAGACCUCGAGCCCGACGGAGGCUACAGCUGCCGAUGAGAACCUCUUUACGAGUGGCGUCGCUGAGCUUCGCGAGGCACUUGGUGUUGGUGAUGAAGGGAUUAUGAAGAUCCUUCGCAAUAUCUACGGCUCGACGACGGCUCCCCGUGGAGUAUGGCCAGCCUUGCACAACAAGUGGACCUCCCUUGGCGCCGAAGCGGUACUUGGUGAGAGUAUGAGAAAAGGAUGCCAAAUUUCAUUUCUUCCGUGUCAUCGGCGCGAUGGGUGGACACGUGGACGACUUCCACCGCUUGGGAGACAUAUCACAUCGGCAGAGUGGUUGGAAGUGAAAAAGGCAGUGGAUGGUGCCUACAAGUGGGGCAUGGUGAAGAGCGGCAACUACAGGCAUGCUGGAAGGGACAUUGCAACCGUUCCUGAUGUGGAAGGCCGCUUCAAAAUCAUCGUGGAUCAGUCCUACUACAUCGAUGGACUCCAGGAUGUGGACAUGGGCCCUGAAAGACUUCAUGGAGAUGAUGUUCUUACAAAGGCCGAGGUGGCAGCGUGCAGAGGAGCCCUUGGUGCGCUUCAAUGGCUGGCGGUUCAGUCGCAGCCGCAGUUAGCAGCGGGGUGCAAUUUGCCGCUGACUGAGUUGUUGGUCACAGAGGGACGGACACAGACUGCACGAGAAGUGCAGAUCUGUGAGGUGCGCCGCCAGUCCUUCCAGCUCCAGUUCUUUCAGCUGUCAUCCGCAAGACAUUGGUCCGAGCUGGUGUUCAUUUCGAUGGGAGAUCAGGCUCACAACAAUCGGCCCAAAGGAGACUCGACAGGUGGCUUGCUGACGAUGGUGGCAGGACCUGAGUGUCGCGAUGGCCAGGUCUGUCGCAUGGCUCUCCUCUCGUGGAGGACGUGGAAGUUGAGGAGAAAGGCCAUUGGCUCCAACGACGCAGAGGUACAAGCCGAAGCCAUCCUGGAGGCUGAGGACCAGAACUUCAGGGUGAGACUGUUGUGGACUGAGCUUCAUGGUGCCGGACAACAUCAUCACUCGCGAGAUGAUCUUGUCGAAGCCACCGAGAAGCAGGUCAGCUUGCUGAAGGGCGUCCUGUGCACAGACUUACGUGGUGGAUACGAUGCCGUGGAGAUGGUUGCUUCGGACUACGAUUUGGCUGAUGCUUUGACGAAGAAGAGAUCCGAGUGCCGCAACGGUCUCAUUCGGUUCUUGCAGACAUGGCUGUGGACAAUAGCCUUCGACCCCACAUUCACGGCAGCCAAGAAGAACAAGAAGGUUGGUAGCUCUGCUGUAGGCCGGAUUGGCAACUUCCUUAAGAGGUCCUCCCGGAAGGCGACAAUCUGCUGA